GUAAUGAAUAGUAAUGAUGUUGCAAACUUGAUGCUCAAGUGAAAACUUGAAUUGUAUAGACCUCAAUUAAAUGAGAGAUUUUGUAUCAAGUUGCAAGAUAAUUCAGCAGAAUGAAUUAAUAUUUUGCGAGAGAAAAUUGAUCUCAAUCGCAAUGAGAUUGUUUUACAAGAAAAAAAUAUAUAUUUCUUAAUCAUAAAUUAAUAUUGUUGUGCGAGAAAACUUAAUCUCGAUCGCAGAACAAUGUCGUUAUAGUAAUAAGACAUAUAGAGAUUGCUAAAAAGCAAACAUAUUAAACAUGCCACGUAAUGACCACAUAUUUUCUGGAAUGUUAAAAUUCAACAAAAAAACGCUAAAAAGCGGUGGCCCAACCUUAUCCAGGGAAGCCAGCCCAGGUCUGACCUGGUCAACCAAUUGGGUAAGGAUCAAGCUGCCAGGGAUGGCGAUUCCCAGCCAGCAUCCAUCCCCAAUCCCCACGACCAACGCGGGCGGCGACUGCCAUGGCCGGUCGGCCGUUUCUCCGGCAAUUCGUGGAGAGACCACGACCCGGGCGGAGCGCCGUCGAGCCUCGCGUUGGGAGGCAGGAGAAGGUUGCGCCAGACGACUCCGGGGAGGGCGUGUCGGCCCGAUUGGGCACAGGCGAAGACGCCCACAGCCGGCCGACCGCACCACCGGCGGCAAGAGGAUCUCCCAUCGCGCUCGUCCUCGGAGUAGGAGCCAUCGUGGAGGUGGGUGCCGGGCGCGACGCCGUUGGAGGCGCCAUUCACGAGUCCGAGUGCCUCUGGGCUCCAUGUGCCAGAUCGGCCGGAGCGGCUGCCCGACGGCGGGCUCGCCAACGGGAGGCCGAGGGACACGAGGCAGCGGCGAGUGCCUGUACACGGUGGAGGCGGAGGAGUCAUCGCAAGAGCGUGGCCUUGGCGCGGGCGCAGCGCGACGCGAGGGCAAGGCCUUGGCAGUCGGCACGGGUGGGCGCAGGCCGAAGGCCGUCGCACGCGCUCGGAGGCGUCUUGGCCUCUUCCUAGCGCUUGUGUGCGGGGAUCAUGGUUUGCAGUGUUGCCUGUCGCCGGUUUCUGAUCUCAAUUUCGUCGACGUCAGACGUUGUGAGGCCAUCGGGGCCGAGGGCCGUGGCCGGCGAACGCCGCUGCGCGUACCUGCGCGUCCCCUCACUAUGAAGGGCCUAGCCAAGGGCUUGGUCGCGUACGCAGUUAUCGGUUUUCUUCACGCCGCUAUGCCCGUGCGCCGUCGAUGAUGCCUGGAAUAAUUCGCUCCGCUGAGAGCGUGUUGAUAACGUGUUAGAAGGUAAAAAUAUGAAAAAAGACAGACAUGUAAAAGUGAAUCAGUUAAUCUUUAUUGAUGAUGGUACAUCUAUAUAUAGAGUUAUAAAAGACACGAAGUGAAAAGGUGUCUGUUCAAGAAGGCAUCAGGAACCGACGUCGGUUUCCAUAUGAAAACUGUCAUCUAUUCCUUAAGCAUGGAUUAAUAGGAUUAGUUAAAUCCUAACACAUUUUAUCCUAUCUACACCUGGAGCCAACCCCCUACGGUCAACCGCCACCUUGCCGCAUAACAGGUUCUUGCGUGGAACCAUGGAUUUCUAGCCUAAGAACGGUGGAAGCUAUACGUCGACGGAUCUUUACGGAUAUUUUAUGAGAUGAAUUUAACACAAUGUUUUAAAUAGCCGCUAUAGCUUCGUUAUAGCCUCUGAGAGCUCUCCCGCUAAAGCUGUUCACUUUUAGUGUUAAAUUGAAAAUGAGACAAUAGCCCGCUAUUCCCCCCUAUAAGGCUAAAUUUAAAGUCAUUUAGCCCGCUAAGCCAUUAUACAAAACUAUACUUCUGCAUUAUCUUUUGUCCUUGUUUAUGAUAUAUAUGAUUCAUUGAUGUGAAGUUUGGUUCUUGAAUUAGGAUGCCUCUUGGUAUUCGCGUUUUAAUGUGCGAACAUGUGUAUAUGUAAAGUAUAUGCAAUAUAUCAUAUAUGAUGCCUUAUAUACUUGUUGUUUUGAUUUUUUAUGAGUUAAGAGAAGGCGGCUGCUAUGGAUCAGGCGGAUGAUUUCGCCAGGAAAUCAUCCGCCUAGCCAGCCGUUAGAUUUGACGCUAGGGGACGUACGAUCUGGCGCUGCAUCCGAAGCUGCAGGUGCUGUCCAUGGCAACAUCAAGCAUCGGCAAAAGCUUCAUAGCAACCCCAGCAGCGAGACGAAACUGCAAUGGAGCACCGACGCCGCAGGCGAAGCUUCAGUGCAGCACCGGCGAAGCUUCAUUGACGCCCCGACGAAGCUUCGUUGCAGCUUCGGCAAAGCUUCAUUGAUGCCCCGGCGAAGCUUCGUUGCAGCAUUGCCCGCAGCUCUGUCGAGGGCCAUGGCAGUUGCUCGUAUCCCCUCCUCCUCCAACGCAGCUCCGCCGUCAACAUGGUAACAACCUCGCCGCGCAUCGCAUACUGCAACGCAGCUCCGCCGUCGGCCAUGACAGCACCGUCCUCCCAACCUAGCCUAUAGCAGCACGAGGUGACCGGCAACUGAAAUUGCAUCAAAGCACCGUCCCUUGUGAAACCGGCUUGCAGCGGCAACGGUGGCGGUGGUCUACGACAGCAGGCACUGGCACUUGUGUGUGGUGCGGUGUGCUCAAGGAAGAA